CCGGGACAGGUGUCAAGAAACUUUGCAUGAGAAAUGGAAGUCGGAGAGCUCCGAUUCAUCGACGGCCUAUGCAUCCGCUCGUUCUUCCCCGAAGCACUGAUCAGGUCAGCCAUGACUUACAGUCCUCGCCCCGACGACGUCUUCGUCGUUUCUUACCCAAAGUGCGGCACAACGUGGACGCAGUAUCUAAUACUCAGCAUCUUCACGGACGGUGAACCCCCGACGAAACUCGAAGACUUCAUGCUCGCCUCUCCCUACCUGGAAAUGAUGGGCGCGGAGGCGGCGGAGAAAAUGCCCAGACCGGGACUCCUGAAAACGCACCUGCCAUUCGAGAGGCAACCUUACUCCACGAAGGCAAAGUACAUCUACGUCGCACGCAACCCGUACGACGUUUGUGUGUCAUACUACUACUUCCUAAAGAGCAUGACUCCGAAAAGAGUCAAGGAUGUAUCGUUCUCGAAGUUCCACCAACUGUUCGUCUCCGGUAGUGUCUCGUAUGGCGACUACUUCGACCAUUUGCUCUCUUGGUACAAGCACCGCCACGACGAUAACGUUCUAUUUCUUACCUACGAGCAGAUGAAGAAGGAACCUGAGUAUUGGACUUUGAAGAUCGCAGAUUUCCUUGAUCCCGACAACGCGGAUCGCCUGCGGGAGGACCCCGUUUUGCUUAAAACUGUGCUCGACGCAACGAUGCUGAAGAAGAUGAAGGAAGUAUUCAACGGCAAGAUGUAUACCGUUAUAGAGCGUCUGCUGAACCUGCCCCCUCACAGGGCCAUCAAAUCAAUGGAAGUCUACAGGAGUAAGCUGGCACACCGAGAACCGAUGCACGAAGACAGCGGCUUUGUUCGCAAGGGCAUCGUUGGUGACUGGAAAGCGCAUUUCACCAAUGACCAAAUAAAGAAAACGAAGGCAUGGACUGCAAGGAAAACCGCCGACUCCGAUGUAAUGCAGCUGUGGAGAGACCACCGCCUGCCAUGAGAGCUACGAAGCGCAAAACUGUGCAGCUGCAGGCACCUACACCGCACUGCCACCAGAUGUCACCACAGCGCUGCCACUUUGACCGUGGUCGUAAAAGCCAGUGCGGUAUCGUAUCAUCUAAGUGUAAUAGUACCACUUCACUCAGAGAGAAUUUCAACGUAGACAAAACUCAUUUCUCACUUUGAAUCUGUCAGUGAAUUGGUUACUUUAAGAACUAAGUAAAUAAGGUUGAGUAUCCUGUGAGCAUCCUCAUAUUCAUUUCAUUCAAACGUACUGAUAAAGUGGUCGAAAGAUGACUAAAAAUUACCUUGUAAGCAUCAAAGGCAAAAUCAUCCAUAUAUUUAACAUAACGCUGUCAGUGUGGCUGUAAGAUA